AACACCAAAAUAGGAUCCUAUCUUGGAAGAGGAACAGAUGUUUUUCAAAAUGCAAUAACAUCCCAUGACAAGCCCCUGUGCUGUGCUCUCUAUAACAUACUUUACAAACAGGUCGUCUCUGUUUGCCAGGAUGGUGUGGUGACCGUGUGGGAAGUCUCAACAGGACAGGUCACCUCAAAGUUCAAGGUAACUCCAGAUAAGCAUGUGGGGCACACUACCAUUGCAUUUGAUGAAACGCAGCGCAAACUAAUCACAGUUUCUCAGGAUAGGAAAUUGAAAUUCUGGAACUUUAACAGCGGAGCAUUACUUUCCGUUCUUCCCGUUACCUUGCCAAAGAAGGUGACAGGUAUUGUCUGCUCGAAAAAUAGGGUGUAUGUGUCGGGAAUGAACUCCAACAUCAUUUAUGACCUGGAUAUGGAGGGCAACUACAGCUGUUUUAGCCACCAUUAUUUAAAGGACAUUUCCUCAAUGGGUGUUCAUGAAGGAACACUGAUUACUGCCUCCAGCAAUGGAAAUAUUGUUAUCUGGGAUACUGACCAAGGCAAGGCUCUCUGCUGGAUGAAUGACAGUAAGAGCCCUCGAACAUUCAGGGUAGACAGAAGACUGACAGGGAGUCGACCUGAUGAAAAUAAUCCCCAAAAAUCUCAGACUGAAAACAAGAAAGACAAUCUUGUUGUGUGUCUGAAGAAAAGGAAGGUCAAAAAUGACACAGCCACACUGCUGACUUCUUCAGAUGGCUACAUAUGUGCCUGGUCUGUGAGCAUCAAUGGAGGUUUGAUAGGAAAGUUCAGGGCAGUAGAUAAGGAAGGUGCCGUCAUUAACACCAUGUUGACUGACCUCGAAGAACAGAUAUUAAUGACUUGGGAUAGUACUGGCAAGUUUUGUCAGUGGGACAUUGCAAGUUUUGGGUUCAGAAAACAGGCAAAGGAAGAGCCAUUUGAGGAUAGAAAUGGGUGGCACGUGUCAUUGGCUCAACCUCCUCUAUUGGGCUCCUGGCAAUGUCACCUUACAGAGGUGGUGAGUGUUCAGUGCGACCAUAGUUGUACGAAGGUCAUUACUGCGGGCUUGGACCGCCACCUCCACCUUUGGCACAACACAGGCUCCCACAUAGGCGUC